ACCCUUUGCAGUUGCCCCCACCACAAAGAGUCCGUGUGGGCAGCCGGAGGAAUGACAGACCUGUGCGUGUCAUUGGCGGUGUUGGGAGUCGCGGUGCUCCUCAGCGAGGCGACCCGCCGGACAGCAGCGUCUCUUUCGCCCGGAGCUUACGGGAUUUACCUGCUGGAAGCGGCGUCCACCUUCCAGCUCUGCUGCUGCACUCAUGAACUGAAGCUGCUGGGCGAAACGUCCCGGCUGGAGCUGCCGCUCAGCGUCACCCUCACCUACACCAUGACGGUUAUCCACCUGUUAACUUUCCGGGGGGCGACGUGUAACCCCAGCGGGGCUCUGGAGAGCAUUUGCCGGGGAACCCGCAGCGUUCGGGCAGCCGUCGUCCUCAUUGCGUGCCAGUUCGGCGCUGCAGUCGCCGCGCAGUUCUUCGCCGCCUUCGUGUGGUCGCUGGGUCUCUCCGACGUGCACAUCAGGCACCAAAGGUUCGGGUUCAGAUGCUUCGACCCGCUCGGUGGGACUGUUCUGGAGGCCGCGGCCGUGGAGCUGGCCUGCGCUUUCAUCGUCCAGGCUGCGGCCAUGCACGUCCACAAGCUGGACGAAAAAGUUCGAGUUCACUUCAUCGCUGCGGUCAUCACGGCGCUGGUUUACACAGGUGGAGGUAUUUCAGGAGCAGUUUUUAACCCCGUCCUGGCCUUCUCCGUCCAGUUCCCCUGCAGCGGCCACACCUAUCUGGAGUACUGCUUCGUCUACUGGCUGGGACCAGUUCUAGGCGUGGCGAGCUGCGUCCUGCUGUUCGAGAAGAUCAUCCCCUUCCUGUCUGGGAAGAGCACCGUUGGUCUGGAGGUCCCGGCGGCCCAGAAACAGAAGACACAGUAGCAGAGAUGUGAGGACAGGACAGGUCAAGUCAAUCCCCGGCCGGUGGAUGUGACUGAACAACACGAGUUAAUCAUGCAGCUAAUUGUCCGUUCACUUGGUCAGUUACGGCACAAACUUAGAAAACAUGCACUACACGCACAGUGAAAGGUUUCGCCUGGUGUUUAUCAUUAAAGCACAAUUCUGGAGGCACAACAAAGCUGCAGUUGAUCAGCUGAUGGUUCAGAGAUGUUGGGCAAAGAUAGCGGUGAGGUGAAAGCUGCUCUAAGAAAACGGCGUGCAUCGCAAAUUAAUGCAGAAAAAUUCUGCUUUGAAAUCAUAGAACAAGACGCUUGUGCAGAACUUGCCUGAGAAUCAGCACGAUUUUAAGUUUUCUUCAGGAUCAGAAUCAUCCAGUGAUAUUUGUCUGUGCAUGCGUUGAUACGCUGCAGGCAGGAGCUUCUAAUAAUCUUUUAAUGGUGCAAUUUUUCCAAAAUGUUGGAGGCCUCAUCAAACCCAAAGCAGGAUGCUGCUGCUGUCACUACCUUACAGGCACUAAACAGGACUUAACUUUGAAAGCACACUAAGUAACUAAGGUGCAUCUGGAGAAAAGGAAGAAUACAAGGGGUUGAUAUGUUUGAUAUUUGUUUAAUUUAUGAGCAUCAGGAAUACUUGUCAUUGUCUUUGUUGUUGUUGUUGCUGUCGUUGUUGUCGUUGUUGUUGUUGUCGUGGUCGUUGUUGUCGUUGUAGAGCUGUGAACUAACAGUGGCGGGAAUCGGCACAAUGGUUUGGUCUGUUUCAGUUGACGUUGGGUGUGUGGGGGACACUUUCAGAUGUUGAGGACACUGUGAUGCUGACGGAGUUUUUCUUUUUUCCUCUUAAGUUUGGACGAGCAAAGUUUUUGCUGUGUGUUGAAACUGUGCUUUCCCGCAGAAAUCAUGACUGCGUGUCCUGACUGUGGGUGUUUAUCUCAAUUAUGGAGGAAGAGUUAAAGCACGCUGUGUGAUAUUUGCUAUGGAUGAUGUUGGGAUAACUAUUUUUCCACUGGAUUUUUUUAUCUCUCAGAACUACAGUAGCUGUGAACCAAUGACAAAUUAAUUUACAACUUUAAUACCUCUAGAGUCUGAAUGACGACGAUUUUGUUUCUGACAGAAUACUUGUUUCUGA